GUCGGGGGUGGGGUGGGGGGUUCUGGCCGUAUCCCCCCCCCAUGUCUGUGUGUAGAUGCACAGACGGUUCAGUAGUAAUUUGAUGUGUGUCCCCAGGGACAUUUGAUGGAUUAAAGCUAAGCAGCUCCAUUUCGAAGCACCACCUGAUCUCAGUGCUUGUGCCCCAUAUAAAGGCGAGCGUGAUUGCUGAUCUCAGCUAGUCUGACAGUCUCUCUCUCUCUCCUCUCUCUCUCUCUCCUCUCUCUCUCUCUCUCUCUCUCUUUCUCUCCCUGUCCCUUUCGCCCGCUGCAUCAGAGGAGCUAUCCAGUGCUGAACAAGAUUUUUUUUUUUGAAAGACAAGGGAACCAUAGCACACAGCAUCGGUGUCAUCCUUUUUUUUUUCCCCGGUCGUCUUUUUUUUGGGGGGGUUUUGCCUUUAAGUUGCACAAGGAUUACCAUCAAUCUGAUUUUUUGUUUGUUUUUGUUCUGAGGUCUUUUUUUUACAUGUGUGCCUCUGAGGCUGGUCUUCUGAUCCGUUGAAACAUGCCCCGCUCGUUUUUGGUGAAGAAAAUUAAGCUUGAUGAUUUCUCGUCAUCUGCUGUGGCCGCCUCCAACCACCACCACCACCUGGAUGAAUCCUACACUUUUGCACGCUCCAUCACAGACUCUGUGACCAGCCUCGGCGUCCGGCUUAGCGAAAAUGGCUACAUCCAGGACUACAUCACGCCGUCGGUGUACCAGAGCGAGAAGAAGAUGGAGCUCAAGCUGGCGUCCGCGGUCUCCGAGCCCCUGUACUCUCAGGUGAGCAGCGGGGGGGAGGAGUACUGCGACCACGACAUGGAGCACCCGGACAGCCCCCAGUCCGGCAUGACGGCCAGCGGCUUCUUCAGCGGCGAGGCGGAGGCCCUGACCGAGGGCUACACCAUGGACGCCUUCUUCAUCUCCGAUGGGCGCUCGCGGAGGAAGGGCGAGGGCGAGGCCCGCGGGGGAGGGGGGCGGAGCAGCAGCAGCGGCAGCAGCGGCAGCAGCGGCGGCGCGGCAGCUGGCGGGACGAGGGAGGCGGCCGGGGCCGGAGCGCCACGGCACACCUGCAACGAGUGCGGCAAGACCUACGCCACCUCCUCCAACCUCAGCCGGCACAAGCAGACGCACCGAAGCCUGGACAGCAAGAUGGCGCGCAAGUGCCCCACCUGCGACAAGGUGUACGUGUCCAUGCCGGCGCUGGCCAUGCACAUCCUCACCCACGACCUCAAGCACAAGUGUGAUGUGUGCAGCAAGGCCUUCAGCCGGCCCUGGCUCCUGCAGGGCCACAUGCGCUCACACACGGGGGAGAAGCCCUUCGCCUGCGCCCACUGCGGGAAGGCCUUCGCCGACCGCUCCAACCUCCGCGCCCACAUGCAAACGCACUCUGCCUUCAAGCACUACCGAUGCAAGCGCUGCAAUAAGACCUUCGCCCUCAAGUCCUACCUGAACAAGCACUACGAGUCCGCCUGCUUCAAGGGCUCCGCGGAUGAGGACGACUCCGGCUCUGAGAACUAACCUGGGCGGGGAGAACAGAAUCCACCAACUCAC